AUGGCCGUAGAGGGAAAGAAGUCCUUGGCGAUCAAGGGGGUGUGUGUAAAUUUUAUCUCAAGUGUAAAGAGCAAGGAAAGAGGAUUUGACCAGUACGAAAGGACUCAGUCAAAAGUAAGCAGUGUGCUCUGCAUGAUGCGUCCUCCAGUGCCAGGACUUUAUCACAGACCCCAUCUCAUGUAUUCGGAGACACAACAUGGUGUACUAAGAUAUGCCACUUAUGGAAUGGAGUUUCCUGGUCCCCUGGUCAUGCUCAUUGUAGAGGGGAUGCUGCUCUUGUACCUGGAGCUGGCUGUGGGGCAGCGCAUGCGGCAAGGCAGCAUCGGUGCCUGGAGGUGCCCCUACCUCAGUGGUGUCGGUGUUGCUAGUGUGGUGGUCUCCUCCUUCCUCUCAAUGUACUACAAUGUCAUCAAUGCCUGGGGCUUCUGGUAUCUCUUCCACUCCUUCCAGGAUCCCCUGCCGUGGUCUGUCUGCCCACUGAAUGGUAACCGCACAGGCUACGACGAGGAGUAUGAAAAGGCUUCGUCAAUGCAGUACUUCUGGUGCAGGAAAACACUCAACAUCUCACCAUCCAUCCAGGAGAAUGGAGGAGUGCAGUGGGAGCCAGCACUGUGCCUCAUCCUGGCCUGGCUGAUGGUGUAUCUGUGCAUCCUGAGGGGCACUGAGUCAACCAGCAAGGUUAAGCUAAAGCUAGAUCACAUGUCCAGCCAUCCUUCCCACAAGAAAAAGAAGGAAGCCACUUUAUUUGAAAGUGACCUUCAGGCCAUGACUUGCCGCUCCCUCAACUGGUACUGGAAGGCCAUGUGGGCGUUUGUGAGUCCAAUACUCAUCAUCAGCCUCUAUGUCUUCUACCUGAGUGACUAUAUCCUCUCAGGGACACUGCAGUACCAAGCCUGGGAUGGCACUCAGGGGCAGCUGGUGACCAAGGAUUACCCCCCACAUGCACCAGCUGUCAUCGGUUUGCUGGUGGCUUCAUCUACCAUGUGCAUCACCCUGCUGGCCCUGGGGAUUUUCAUCUGGAAUUGCCUCAAGAGGGGAGGUUCAUCCCCAGUGGUCUAAGAAUGGACCUCCCAGGGACGGAAGUCAGCCACUAUCUGUUUCACAGUUGCUGCCUGCUGGUGGGGACACCUUGG